AGCACCCCGGGCAUUUCCAGCGAGCGCCCGCCAGCAGCCCGGCACUGAUUGAAAUUUAGGCGUCUUCAGAGAGGGAAGAUCCUCAUCUUCCGAAGCCUCCUCAAUGAGUGCCAAGCUCUCCAAGGAGUUGAGGCUCUCCCUGCCACCUUGUCUUCUGAACAGGACAUCUGCCACCUUAAACGCCAGCAGCACCUGCAUCACGCAAGUGGGUCAACUCUUCCAGUCCUUCUCAUCCACCCUGGUUUUAAUUGUCCUGGUCACCCUCAUCUUCUGCCUGAUCCUUCUCUCCCUCACCACCUUCCACAUCCACAAGAGGAAGAUGAAGAAGCGGAAAAUGCAAAAGGCUCAAGAGGAGUAUGAGCGGGACCACUGCACCCACAGCAGCAAUAGCGGCAGCAUGGGGGUGCAGGGAGAGGCACCCCAAGGAAGAGACAGCCGUCUGGGAAGACCCCCCCAGGACUCGGAGAUCCAGCGCGCCUCUCCCUCGGCAGCCCCGAGCUCUCAGCAAGCACGGGCUUGUUUGGACACAGCUGGUGCAGGGCUCUUGCAGACAGUGAUUUUGUCAUGA